GGUAAAUACAACCAAAACAAUAGCUUUCCACCAUAACCGGGAAAAAUGGCUCGUGGUCAGACAUGGAGUGAAGAGGAGGUAAAGGCCCUCAUAAAAAUAUGGUCAGACGAAAAUGUAUUGCAGUUACUGCUGACCACUCACAAAAACAAGCAGGUUUUUAAGUUAAUUAGUGGGGACAUGGAGGCUUUGGGAUUCCCCCGCACAGCUGCACAGUGCCGCACCAAGUUAAAGAAACUUCGCCAACAAUAUGUGAAAAUACGCAACAUGCGUGGGAACAAUCGCAGUACUGACGUCGCGAUGGAGCAGUUUCCUUGGUAUGAUGAACUAGAUGCCAUGCUUGGGAAUCUGCCGACAAGCAGCCAAUAUGUUUUGGAUUCCUGCAAGGAAGAGCCUCUGUCGCCAUCCAGCCUGGAACUGAGCGACUCCGAAUCCACAGCGCAGGAUCAAGACUCAGAACAAAGGGCAGAUGGAAGUGCCGCCGACAUUAAAGUUGAAGAGACGCCCAUCACAAUCUCCCUGCUGGAUGAGGAAAGGAGCCGACCAAAAGUGACUGUACCCGGGGCUCAGAAAAGAAAGAGGGAUACAAAGACUGAGAAGUUUGAGAAAAUGUUUGUGAGCUAUCUGGAUGAGAAGAAGAAAUUGGAUGAGGCUGAAUGCGAAAGGAUGAAGCAGGAACAAGCCUCUUUUGAGAACUUCUUAAAAAUGCAGCAGCAAGCUGAAGAAAGGCGUUUCCAGUUAAUGCAAGAGCAGCAGAGGGCCAACAGCAAGAUGUUCUUUCAGAUGAUGUCUGAUUUCCUUCAUGCUGCAAUGCCCCAAUCCAUGACUCAGUCUACCCUGCAGCAGUCGACGGCCCCUCCUCCAGUCACACCUCCAUUGUGGCCCUCUGCGCAUACUCACCACACUGACGACUCACCUUUGUUCAAUGGUCACCAGCAAAACACACCAGGUAGCCCCCACACUGUACUUGCUCCAGCCCAAACCCCACAGGGGCCAAACAUGGCAACCACUCAGCCAGUAUUCAACAUCUUCUGAUUCAGGUGAUGUCAACAGAGAUGUCUUGGAGUUCAGUUCAUAAUAUUGAAAAAAGGCCAAAGUACUCUUUCGUGAUGGUAUCUGUUAACUGUUUUAUUAUAUGUCAAAACAGUUUGAAUGACCCAUGUAAAAGUUAUUCAAAGAUGCAUAUUUUGUUUUCAGAAGGACGUGAACAAAAAGGUUCAAUGUUGGACUGUUGUGUUCCAAUAAAAACAA